AUCCCUCCCCCCGCAGCAUCCCUGCUCCCUCAGCAUCCCUCCUCCCUCAGCAUCCGCAGCGGGAACCGAGGCCAUGAAAUUCCCCACGGAGACCCCACGGAAACCGGGGGCCACGAACCCCCCACCAGUGGCCGUUCAGACCAACCUGGUCCCUCCGAAGAAGGUGCAGCCGGGCAUGCUGCAGUCCAGCCUGGUGCAGGCCAGCGUGGCCGCCAUGCAGAACCCCAUGGGCUGCGCGCUGCCACGGCUCUCCGUGUCGUCUCGGCCCUCCAGCAUGGUGGUCAGCAUGGAGGUGGUGGCCGACGGCGCCGCCCCCUUCGCCAUGAUGAAGCUGAAGACCGUCCUGGCCGUGUUCGUGGUGGUGGUGGCCUACAUGGUGGUGGGGGGCCUGGUGUUCCAGGCCCUGGAGCAGCCCUUCGAGAACAACCAGAAGAUCGCCAUCACGGCGGAGAAGGCCGCCUUCCUGCAGAGACACCCGUGCGUGUCCCCCGGCGAGCUGGAGGCCAUAAUCAAGCACUCUGUGGAGGCCGUGAACGCUGGCGUGAACCCGGUCGGUGACACCUCCUACAACUCCAGCCACUGGGACCUGGGCAGUGCCUUCUUCUUCGCUGGAACUGUCAUCACAACCAUCGGAUAUGGAAACAUCGCUCCGAGCACCGAGGGAGGGAAGAUUUUCUGCAUUCUGUAUGCAAUUUUUGGCAUCCCGCUGUUUGGCUUCCUUCUGGCAGGGGUUGGGGACCAGCUCGGUACCAUAUUUGUGAAAUGCAUUGCCAAGGUGGAGAAAAUGUUUCGGAAGAAACAUAACCAGAUCAGUCAGACGAACAUCCGCGUGGCCUCCACCCUCCUCUUCAUCUUGGUUGGCUGCAUCCUGUUCGUCACCAUCCCAGCCGUGAUCUUCAAACACAUCGAGGGCUGGACGGGGCUGGACUCCACGUAUUUUGUCGUCAUUACCCUGACAACAGUUGGAAUAGGUGAUUAUGUGGCAGGUGGAGAUCGGAAAAUUGAGUACCGUAAGUGGUACCGGCCGCUGGUGUGGUUCUGGAUCCUGGGCGGUCUGGCCUACUUUGCUGCAGUGCUGAAUAUGAUCAGUGACUGGCUGAGGGUGUUGUCCAAAAAGACAAAAGAAGAGGUUGGAGAGAUCAAGGCUCACGCUGCGGAGUGGAAAGCAAACGUGCGAGCAGAGAUUCGGGAGACGCGUCGCCGUAUGAGCGUGGAGGUCCACGAGAAGCUCCAGCGAGCCGCCACCAUGAGGAGCAUGGAGAGACGGCAGCUGGGCCUGGACCAGCGGGCCGUGUCCCUGGACAUGCUGUCCCCGGAGCGCCGUGCCCUCUUCAACAGCCUGGACGCCAACAACUGCAAGACCUCCUCUCAAGAAAGCAUCGACUCCAAGCUGAACAACCUCCGUCUGCACAUGUCCGAACAGUGCGAGCAGCAGCCUCCCGACCACAACGCCGCCUCCGAGGAAAACAUUUUCAACCGGCUCAGCUCCGUCACUAAGCUGACGAAGCGCAGCAGGAACAGGGAGCUGAAGAAGAACAUCCCAGAGGAGGCUCGCCGACCUCACAGCGAGGCCUACAGCAGCAGCAUGGCCACAUUCGACUGCAGCGCCCCUGCCAUCGAAGGAAAACUAAAGGGUGAAGGAGAGGAUGUGAACGAAAUCAAAGAAUGUAACACCAGCUUGUCUAAUUUUUCAGUGUUUGCAGGAUCCUGCAAGACGCUGAAUGGAUUAACUCCAGAGCAGACCAAAGAGAAUGAAAACAUUCGAUAAAGAUGAGCUCAAGAUGGUUCAGUUGAGCUCGUAGAAUGUUCUCUUCAGAAACCAGGUUUCACACAUUCACUGUGGCCAGGGCCGUUCCUAG